GCAUUUAACAUAAUUUAUUUGUUGAUUCUUUUCCCUUAAUUUGACAGGUCCUCACAGAACCAAAAAAUGCUCUUGGUAAGCAGUACAAGAAAUUGUUUAGCAUGAACAAUGUGAAGUUACAUUUUACUGAGAAAGCACUAAGAUUGAUUGCCCAAAAAGCCACGGCGAAGAAUACCGGUGCCAGGGGUUUGAGAGCCAUACUAGAAAGUAUUUUAACUGAAGCUAUGUAUGAGAUUCCAGAUGUUAAGACAGGAAGCGAUAGAGUAGAUGCUGUUGUGAUAGAUGAGGAGUCAGUGGGCUCAGCAAGUGCCCCAGGAUGUGGAGGCAAAAUUCUUCGUGGAGAAGGUGCAUUAGACCGUUAUCUUGAUGAAACAAAGUUGAAAGAUUUAGCGGAAAAUGCUGAGGCAAGCGAUAGAGAGUCGCAGGAGGGUGAAGGGGAGGUUUCAUCAAGAGCCAUGAGCAUGUAACGUUACAACAACAAUUGAAUUGUUGCAAUAUAAUUUGUACAAUUAUUCCUAAUGUUAUUUGUAAAAAUCAAAUUCAUAAGUGGGUGUAAUUAUUUAUUAUCCCCUUGUAGAACAGCAUAGUUGUCUGGCUGGUUCAUAAAUUCAUCGGAAAAGAGGAAAGGAAAAAAAAAAAAAAAAAAAAAGAUGUAGCAUUCUUA